AUGAAACUCAUAAUUGUGUGCACACUGUUGUGUGCCCUGGUGGCUGUGUCCUUGGCAGGACCUGUUAAAAAAUUCCAAAUCGAUAGUUCGGAGAGUUCAAGUGAUGAAAGUCGGGAAGAAGUGCCUUUGAAGAAAGUGAAUAGCCUCAAUAAAAAAGUAGUCCAAGACAGUUCCUCCAGGGAAUCGGUGGAAGAUGAGCAGCCCAAAGCCAAAGAUGCUGAUUCUAGUGAAGAAAGUGAUGAAAUAAAAUCCGAGGUUAAAAUCCAGUAUGUUGUCAGAGAUAUUGCACAGGAUGAGGAUAACACCAUGGGCAAGGAAGAUGAAUAUACGGUAGUUGUGGUGGAUGAUGAUGAGAAUACGGAGGACAAUCUGAUUGGUGGUCGUGCCAAACGUUCCAUUCAUCCCGAUUUACCCAACCACAAUCAUAUUCGUGUCAAAGAUUUGGGCACCAUUGAAAAUGAGAAAUUUGCCAAAUUAAAAAGGGCCCGACGCAGCAGCAGUGCCAAGUCAUCUGAAGAGGAUUCUUCCGAGGAGAAAGGAGGUGAGAAACCAGGUGAAGCUCCAGCUGAGGAAGUGAAACAUGAGGAAGCUGCAGCCAGACGUAGAAGAAAAACUGAUUCCUCAUCGGAAGAAUCUUCGGAGGAGAAACAAGCACCGGCUGAGAAGCCCAGUGAAGCUCCUGCUGAGGAAGCCGUACAUGAGGAAGCUGCCAGACGCCGGAGAGAAGCAGAUAAGUCAUCUGAAGAGAACUCAUCGGAAGAGAAUAAAGUCGUAGUCGCCGAAAAACCCAGUGAAGCCCCUGCUGAAGAAGUGACACAAGAAGAGGCUGCCAGACGUCGCAGAGAAGCUGAUAAAUCCUCCGAAGAAUCUUCUGAGGAGAAACAAACACCUGCUGAAAAACCCAAUGAAGCUCCGGCUGAGGAAGUAAAACCUGAAGAAGCUGCCAGACGUAGGAGAGAAGCUAAUAAGUCUUCAGAGGAAGAUUCUUCGGAAGAAAAGAAAGCCGAUGCUGAAAAACCCAAUGAAGCUCCCGCUGAGGAAGUAAAACAUGAAGAGGCUGCCAGACGUCGGAGAGAAGCUGAUAAGUCUUCAGAGGAAGAUUCUUCGGAAGAAAAGAAAGCCGAUGCUGAAAAACCCAAUGAAGCUCCCGCUGAGGAAGUAAAACAUGAAGAGGCUGCCAGACGUAGAAGAAAUGCUGACAAAUCCUCCGAAGAGGACUCCUCGGAAGAGAAGAAAGCCGCUGCGGAAAAACCCAAUGAAGCCCCAACAGAUGAAGUAAAACACGAAGAGGCCGCUGCUAGACGCCGCCGAAAUGCCGACAACUCCUCUGAAGAAUCUUCUGAGGAAAAACAAGCACCCGCUGAAAAACCCAAUGAAGCUCCUGCCGAGGAAGCAGCUAGACGUCGCCGCAAUGCUGAUUCGUCGGAAGAAAACUCAUCCGAGGAAAAAAAUCAACCCAAAGAAGAUCAGGCAGAAAAUGCCAUUGCCAGACGGCGUAGACGUCAAACCCUUUCCGAUGACCUCUACGUGAGUGAAGAGUUACCGAAAAUUCGCAACAUUGUUCGUGAUGUGGAUUACAAUGAAGUGAUUGUGUCGCUCAGCGACGAGGAAAAACAAAAAGAAAAUGGAAAAUAUUUAAUUGUUGAUAACGAAGACGAAGAUGAAGAAAACGAAAACGAGGAAGAUCGCAAUAAAUCCGAGGAGGCCAAAAUCGAGCUGAACGAUUUGCCGGAGAAAACCAAACAAAGUUCCGAGGAGGAUUAUGUCAAGGGUUGUGAGGGUAAUGAUGCCUCCAACGAAUCGAACGAAUGGAAUGAGACCACUUAUGAUUAGAG